AUGAAUCCGCUAGAUGCUAUUUGUGAUAUAAAAAGACGUGACGCAAUUUGCGUAAGUAAUCUUAAAAAUGCUAAAAAAGCUGAUAAAGGUGUUCUAAUAGAUAGACCAGAUGUAAAAAUCUUCUUACCAUUCAGAUUUUAUUUUUAUCGACCUGAAGAAUUAUUCACAGCAAAUACAUAUCAAAGAUAUUUGGUCGCUCCUGGUGCUGAUCAUUUAAUAUCUCUUAUUGAUGAAAUAUCAUAUGUACCACCGCCAUCACCAAUGCUCUCACAAUUAGAUGAUAUACCACCAGAAUUAUUUUGUAAUGGUGAUAAUAGGCCACCAGCAUGUGGACCAAAUUGUGAAUGUGUACAUACAAUUGAUAUACCAUUAGGUGCUAUUGUUGAAAUUGUUUUAGUUGAUGAAGUACAACAAACAAAUUUAAGUCAUCCAUUUCAUUUACAUGGUGCAUCAUUUCAUGUUAUUGGUAUGGGACGUUCACCAGAUACAACAGUUAAAAAAAUUAAUUUAAAACAUGCAUUAGAAUUAGAUCGUCGUGGUGCACUUAGACGUGAUUUUGCUAAACCACCACUUAAAGAUACUGUAGCUGUACCAAAUAAUGGUUAUACAAUAUUAAGAUUUCGUGCUGAUAAUCCUGGUUUUUGGUUAUUCCAUUGUCAUUUUCAAUUUCAUAUAUUAAUUGGUAUGGAUUUAGUAAUACAUAUUGGUACUAAAGCUGAUUUACCACCAGUACCACCAAAUUUUCCUAAAUGUGGCAAUCAUAUACCACCUAUAUCAUUAUAUUAA